AUGGGUAAUGUACAAUGUUGUUGUGACACAACCAGCCAGGGUUUAGGCAAGAGAAGAAACAAACGGAAUGAGAAAGAAUCGUUUUUAAGAGGAAGCAUGAUGAUUGGCAACAAAGCUAGACUUAAAGUUGAAAAGGAAGAGGAAGAGACUAAAGAUAGCUGUGUUUUAAGUGAAAAGAUGAAUGAUUUGGCAGCUUUUUGUGAGAAAAAUUCUUUAAAGAAGAUUUCUAAGUGUCAAACUUGGAGAAUAAACCGUUAUUAUAAAUUUGGAGAGGCUAUUGAAGUCGGUAGUAAUCAAGAUAUCAGAAAAGCCACUUUCAACUUUGAUAAAUCUACAAAUGUAGUCAUCAAAACGAUCAAGAUUACUGAUAUCAUGAACCAAUUUGAUAAUAUCUGCAACGAAAUAAGCACUAUUAAAAUUUGUGACCAUCCGAAUAUCACCAAGUUAGUUGAUAUCUUUUACGAUUCUCAUAUUGAUAAAAAUGGAAAUAUUCUCGAAAUCAGUAAGGUUUACCUCAUCAUGGAGUAUUUCCCUGGAGUAGACCUUACCGAAUACCUGGGGAAGAAGAGGAAGAUCAAGGAGGAUAAGACAGCUAUUAUUAUCACUCAAAUACUCGAGGCUAUAAAGUACCUUCAUUCAUUAGACAUCUGCUAUCGAGAUUUAAAACUUGACAACAUCUUGAUAGAUCCCUUAACGAUGAAAGUCAAGAUUAUGAACUUUGAAUUCUCCAGGAAAUAUCGAUUUGACCCUCUGGUAGGUCAGGUCGGAUCGCCAUAUUUUAUGGCGCCAGAGAUGGCUAAUGGGAUUUAUAGUAAUGAAUGCGACCUUUGGAGCACCGGAGCUAUCACUUACUGUCUUAUUACAGGAGAGCUCCCUUUUGAGACAAGUUCUUUGGAUGAGCUAAUGAAGCAGGUCAAGAGCACUAAGAGGUAUAAAAUUUCAAAAUAUGACAUUCUCAUUUCAAAAGAUUGUGAGAGCUUUAUUGGUGACCUUAUGACUAGUAAUACGAGACAGAGGCUGACUGCCAGCGAGGCUCUCAGACACCCUUUUAUUGAAAAUUGUUUCGUCAUGGAAAAUGAAUCGACGUCGAUAAGUGAAAACAAAUACCAGACUCAUGUUGAGAUUUUGAAGGUUCUUGUCAAUUCCAAGCCAUGAGAUAUAAUAGAGGAGUGUAUCACUGAAGGAGUUCAAGCAAAACUUUCUCAAGAAACUUGUAAUGAGCUUCGCAAUAUCUUUCUCAAGAUUGAUUAUACCAAGGAGGCAAAGAUUAAGCUUCUUAAGUAUCAUGACUUAUUAAAGGCAAAUCCAGGCAUGGAUUUGCCUUUUGAUCAAUUUUUGUUACAUGGAGUGAAUUCUAGCCCAAACUCACCAAGAAACAUUCUCAAGCUGCUAAAAUAUUUCGAGACUGAAGGGUUAGGAAAUUCCAAAAUGGAUAAAGUGAAGACCUUGCUUGGCAAGAAGAGAUUUGACUGAAAGAUUGACUCUCAAUCUGUAAACAUCACUAAAAUCGAAGUUAAUGAGAAAGGAUCAGAAAGGAACUCUGAACAGCUUUUUAUGAGAAUUCCAACUGCUCUGAAUAGUAUUGAUCAUGAUCAUGGAAACAAGUCCCAGUCAAAAGGUUCGAGAUAUUAUCCAAAAAGAACAGAAUCCUUCUUUACUCCAAUGGAAUCUUUGGUCUCAUCAACCAGUGAAGAUACUUGAUAUGAUAAAAGUAAACCUGGUUGAGGAUCUGUUGUAUGGGAGAAAUGGCUAGACUAAUAGAGAAAUGAUUACUGAUGACCCCAUAAUUUUGGUUAAUAGUUAAUGUAAUUGGUC